UCGAGUUUUUUUAAAAAGAAUAUAAUUAUGUUCUUGACAUUUCGAUAUGACAUGUGUUUUUGACUUUACAUUGCAAAGCGACUCCAUAUAGUCAUAUGGUAUAUAUGCGGCCGAUUUAGGAAGGUUAAGACAAUCUAAGCAUCAAGUUUAAAACUCCGAGUAACUGGUGUUAUGGAGACCAUGAAUACAUCUCCAGAGAUGAGUGAUUUUCUGGUAAACGUUUCGUCUCGGGAUACUUACUCGAUAUUGAAGAAGUUGGAUAACGAGGCCGCCCUCCGAUUUCUGCCGGUGAUAAUAUUCCUCGUUAUUUUGAUGGUGAUGGGUACACCUGGUAAUAUUAUUGUCAGCAUCGUAUAUUCCAGAAGGAAACGAAAAUCCACAUCGGAUUACUUCAUCCUUAACUUAGCCUUUCUGGAUCUCUUUACUUGUGUCAUAGGUAUUCCUAUGGAAAUCGCCGAUCUCUGUUUAUCUUACACAUUCGAUGCCCCCGCAGCAUGCAAGAUACUAAGAGCCACGGUGUCCCUGACAAGCAUGACGUCCGUUCUGAUCCUCGUAGUCAUUUCCAUGGACAGAUACAAACGGAUUUGUAAAUUUGGAGAGAGUUUUAGCUACAGAACAGUAAAAAGACUUUGCAUCACUGCAUUUAUCAUUGGUGCAGGCUUUUCUUGGCCAGCAAUGAUGAUUGUGGGGGAGAAAACGAUCGACACUGGAAUUUCCGGAGUCAAAGGUGUUGACUGCUCAACCUCGGAUGAAAUGCAGAAAACUGUUUACCCGCUCGUAUAUUACUGCGUCCUAAUGUUCUGCUUCCUAGUCUGUGUCAUUUUUGUUGUAUUUGUUUACGUUCGAAUAUCCAUAUUUGUUAUGAAAAUGAAGCGCUCUAGAAAAAGAGUAUUUGGACCGAACGAAAUCAGUAGCACUAGUUUCAGCCGUCACCAUGGGCAUAUAUCUCUAGGGAAUGCCAGUGGGGAGAAUUCGAAUUUGACCGGUAAUUCUGCAGACGAUAGAUAUAGAGAUGCGCAUGCGCAACAAAGAAUCGAAAGGAAAACGUCUGCUGUAAAAGUUACCAGGACGACGACGAUUUUCGUUGCCGUGACUAUCGCAUUCAUUGUCAGCUACCUGCCAUUUCUGGCGGCGAUGGUAUUACGUAACAUUAUCAGCGGAUUCGAGAGAAACUUAUCAGCAGACGUGAGCGUAUUCUACAAGUUCUGCUUAAAAUGUUUCUUCAUCAAUAACGCCAUUAAUCCUCUGAUUUACAGCUUUCUUAGUGGGAAGUUUAAACAGGAAGUGAAGGAUCUAUUGCAGUGCACAUUUUUCUGAUGCUAGAACAUGCACAGUUAUUUUGCAGAAUGAGUUUUUUCUUUGUAGUUUGUGUAUGACAGACUUUCCUGGUCCGGAUCGUGUAGUGGUUGUUGCCUUAUUUGUAUUACACUGCUGUAGCCGGAGUGUUCCCUUUGAUUGUCACUUGUUGUAUGUGAGAGGGGGGGGGGGGUAUUGUACUCGCUAUAUUGGAGGUGAUUGUGGGUUUCCUCCUCUCAUACUAAUGCCCACUUCGUGAGAACAUCCUUGUCAAAUAUUUUAACACUCAUCGCAAAUUCUAUGACCGUUGUAACAAUCUAAUUUACAAAUAAAGCAUACCAUUAUA